UAUUUAUAAGAGCCGCCAUAAAUUAGUGUUUUCAUUACUUUCAGUUGGUACCAUUGAGAAAAAUUGAUUUGUCAUUUCUAUAUAUUUGCUCACUCUUUCUCUUUAUUUAGAUUAUUUAUUUAUUGGAAUAGAAGUGAAGAGUGAAGUAAGGUUAAGUUGAAUUUGAUUAAAUAGUUUUCAAAGUAAUAUUGCAUUAAUCAAGAUGGGAAAGAAAGCAGAAGUUGGUACGCCCAAGUAUUUGGCGAAUAAAAUGAAGGCAAAAGGUCUGCAGAAACUCAGAUGGUACUGUCAGAUGUGCCAGAAACAGUGUCGAGAUGAAAAUGGUUUCAAAUGUCAUACCACUUCGGAGUCUCAUCAGAGGCAACUGCUUCUUGUUGCUGACAAUCCUAGAAAAUAUAUUGAUGAAUUUUCAUAUGACUUUGCUAAGGGAUAUGUGGAAAUUCUCAGGAGACAAUUCGGAACAAAAAGAGUGAAUGCAAAUCGAGUAUAUCAAGAAUAUAUCCGUGACCGCGAUCAUAUUCACAUGAACAGUACUCGUUGGGUUACCCUUACUGGAUUCGUCAAGUGGUUGGGAAAAACAGGUCAAGCAGUUGUUGAUGAAACUGAAGAAGGAUGGUUCAUAACGUAUAUUGAUAGAAGUCCUGAGACGGUGCAACGAGAGGAAAUGAAGAAAAAAAAGAUUCGAAUGGACAAGUACGACGAAGAAAAACAGAUGGAGUUCAUAGAGAAACAAGCAAGACUUGCUUUGGAAAAAGCAGGGACUCCUGUUGAUCCAGUUUAUACUGAAUUAGUUAGAGAAACUGAUGAAGAAAUUGUCAAGCUGGAUAUGAAGUGGAAAUCUGAUAAAAAACUCUCAACUCCGGUCCCUAGUGUUAAUUCUGCAAAGAGGUCAGCUGAUGUGGCUACACAUAAUUCCAAAAAAAUAAAGACUGACAUUAAGAAAAAAACAGUUUUAGAUGAAAUUAAAGAGCAGGAGGAGAUGGAAAAGGAAAAAAAGAAUAGAAAAGAUUAUUGGUUAACAGAAGGCAUUAUAGUUAAAGUUGUUACUAAAAAUUUGGGAGAUGAAUACUACAAACAAAAAGGUGUUGUAAAGGAAGUUGUAGAAAAGUAUGGGGCCAUAAUUAAGUUGACUGAAAGUGGUAAAAAACUUAAAAUUGACCAAAAAUACUUAGAAACCGUUAUUCCAGCUUUAGGCAAAAUAGUGAAGGUAGUGAAUGGGGCAUAUAGGGGUGAAAUUGCAAAGCUUCUAAGAUUAGAUGAAAAAAAUUUUUGUGUGGACAUAGAAAUAGCUAAGGGGGUUUUGACAGGACAAAAACUUAGUGGGAUUCAAUACGAAGAUAUUUGUAAAAUAAAUGACUAAAGUGUUAUUGAGUUUUUUUAUCUAGUGUAUAAGAAAUAUAUUGUGUAAUAUAAG